CAAAUACUGAUAAACGUAUCACCGUGGUGUGAUUGUCCGGGCACUCAGUAUGACCCACGUCGUCGUCUGUUAACGUCAGUUUUUCAUUUUCCGAUUCAUUUCGUUGCACCGGUUACGUAGCCUUGAUCAUUUUUGUUUAUUACUGUUCGACUCGACGAACCUUGCUUACGUGGAUGAUAAUGUAAAUUAAUACCAGACAAAGUGAACAGCGCUUGAAUAUCUAGAGGUCUCGCCGUCACUGGUUUGUCUCCAAACGUUCUAAUAAACGAACGCAAUGUCCGGAAUUACGCCGACUAGCGGCAACGAGACAAAAAUUUGUUUUCUAGUCUCUGAAAGCAAUCCGGAAUUAAAGUUCAUACUGCUGGACAAGGUGCCUUUUGUUUUGGGUAGAACAAAAUUGACUGGAAUCACUGAUCUGAAAUUGUCGAAAAGCCAAGUAAAAUUUGAAGCAGACUAUUCUAAAAACCGAGUGUUAGUUGAACAAUUGGGUUCCAAUCAGUCUGCCGUCAAUAAUGAAUCUAUGAUCAAAGGAGAAAAACGACUUUUGUAUCAUGGUGAUAAAGUUUCAUUACUGUUCAACAGUAAUUAUAUAUUUAAUCUAAAUUUUGUACCAAAUGCUAUGUUCAAAAGCUAUGGUUUAGAAUCUAAUAAAAGACUGACUAAUUCUCCGGAUCAAUACAUUGUAGCAAAAAAAUUUCGGUCUAAUAUUGCAGCGAAGUGGGAAACUAAAGAUGGUACUUUAUUGGUGUAUAAUAGUUCAAAUCUUGUUCAUAAAAACAAGAUAGCUGCUUUUGACAUGGAUGGAACAAUUAUUGUUACUCAGUCUGGUAAAGUUUUCCCAGUUGAUUACAAAGAUUGGAAAAUUAGUUGCCCUGAAGUUACUAAAACUCUUAGGAUGUUGUCAAAUGACGGUUACAAAAUUGUAAUAUUCACUAAUCAAGGAGGUAUUGGAAGUAAAAAAGUAAACGAAAAUUCAUUUAAAGAGAAAGUUGAAAAUAUCAUUAAUGUGAUUAAAAUCCCUAUUCAAGUAUUUGUGGCUACACAAGGUGAUAUAUAUAGAAAACCUGCUCCUGGAAUGUGGAAUACCUUUGUCUCGGAUUACAAUGGAGAUUUGUCGGUCGAUAUGAAUUCAAGUUUCUUUUGUGGUGAUGCGGCAGGCCGACCUGAUCGUAUUGAUAGUAAUAGUCAACAAAUUAAAAAAGAUCACUCCUGUUGUGACCGCUUAUUUGCUAUUAAUGUUGGUCUUAAAUUUUAUACUCCUGAAGAAUAUUUCUGGAAAAUACCUACAGAAGAAUUUAAAUUACCAUCAUUUAAUCCAAUUGAUGUAUUAUCCAACAUCAAAUACACUGAUUCAAAUUCAAAAUUGUUAUCUUCGUGUAAAGAAAUGAUUAUAAUGGUUGGUUCACCUGGUUCAGGAAAAAGUUAUUUUGCAUCAAAUGUAUUAGGAUGUCAUGACAUAAAAAUAUUUAGCAGAGACAAAUUAGGUUCAUGGCAAAAGUGUGUUAGCGAAGUUAAAAAAUUUUUGAGUCAUUUUUCUUGUUGUGUUGUUAUUGAUAAUACUAAUCCUGAUAAAGAAUCGAGAAAACGUUUUAUAGAUAUAGCAAAGAGUUUUAACAUCCCUUGUAGAAUAUUUCAAAUGAAUGUCUCUAAAAAACACGCAAUACACAAUAAUAAAUUUCGAGAAAUAACUGACAAAAAACAUCAAAGAAUAUCAAGUAUCGUAAUAAAUGUAUACUUUUCUAAAUUUGAAGAGCCCUCUAUGGAAGAAGGUGUUGAUGAAAUAGUUAAAAUAAAUUUUGUUCCGCAUUUUAAGGAUCCAAAACAAGAAGAAUUAUAUAAAAUGUAUUUACUGUGAUAAAAGUGAAUUUAAACUAUGAAAACUU